CUUAAGGUUGGGUGGACCUCUAACAAUCACGGAGGUGGAUAUGUGAGACUCGCCUUGGUUCCUGAGAGUCAGAAGGAUAGUCAUGAAGCUUACUUGAACAACGUACUGAAAGUUGUGUGUUAUGGACAUGAUCAGAGGCCAGGCAUGUUCCGCUUUGGUGACUGUAAGCAUCCAUGCAAUGCAAGGCCAGGAUGUCAGUACCAAUCAGGCAAGUCACUUUGUCGAGAUUUUCACAAUAUAAAGGCAGAUGAUGCAGUUGAUGAAUUAUAUAACUGCUCUGAGUACUAGUCGCCAAAUGAAAAAUUCAACUCUACCAGAGAGAGGUAUUAAUUGCCUUCAAGGUAUAUUCAAAAUUUCGAAUUCUGGUUUACCAUAUGUCUGAUUGAAGUUUAUAUUUUAUGGCAGACGUACUCGACAAUGAGCGAUACGAUACAACCAUUACCAUUCCCUUCAACCUUGCUGAUGGCAUCUACAUUCUACAAUACAAAGCUGCUAUAGGCAUCGAGCUAAAGCCCUACUACAACUGUGCAAAGCUUCGUGUCACAGGUGGUGAUCCCAGUCUGGAUUGUACCAGAGAUAAGGCUCCACCUGUUGGACCAUGUAGACUGGGUCCACCAGGAGCUGGCCUCCCUCUUUCGAACCUCACCAAAGAUGCAAAACUUGGAGACUUCUGUUUCCAUCCAGAUAAGGUCGGUGCAAUUGAUGACCGUAUAAGGGAAGUGCCAAUCAACGUAGAUUGUGAUCCCAGGAUCACUUGUCAGGUGUCUGUGUCUCCAGCUGUUUGCAAGCACGAACUUGGCAUGGACAAAAUUGCUGUAAGUUGCUUAUUGUUAUAUAUGGACUUAUGUACCAUACAUCCAUCCACUCCUUCACUCAUUCUUAUGAUCCUAAGCCUGUAUCCCUUCUAGAGCAUCUAUCCAUCCUGCCAAUUAUCCAUCCAUCUCUCAUCUCUUGGUUCAAUCUAUCGCUGGCUAUUUCGUACAUUUAUUUCCUUUCUCUGUCGGUUUGCUCGUUAGUUUCAAAGUUAUAUUUGAUUUCAUUUAAUUUUAAUCUUUAUCCCUUGAUUUGAAUAGUUCAUUUUUAGCUGUGUAUCUUUCUAUUUGCAGGAUGCUUGGGAUCCCAAGCAGCCCAACUGUGGUGUAGUCAAACCGCCCCCUCCACCUACUUGUGACGACGGGGUACAAAACCAGGGAGAACAUGCAAUCGAUUGCGGCGGUCCGAAUUGUAAAGCCUGUCCAGAUGUCGCUGAUACCGGUUACGAGGAGUACAUAACACUUUCAAUUUCUUCGUGACAGCAUUGAAAAUGAUCAACAGUUUCAUUGGUGUCUAGCUCUCUUAAGCAAAAUGAAUAUUACAUCACCAUUGUAAUUUCCACGUUUGUUCACCUGUGCAACAACAAAAAAAAUCAACCGAUACCACAAUUUUCGAAUAGUGCCGGUAUUCUUUUGAGUGUGGGGUCCUGUAAUUUUUAUGGCAAGGGAGGACAGUUUAACUUGCCAAAGGAGAGUGCAAUACACUUACCUGACUGGUGAACAGUGAAAAUCUUGAGUUUCCCUCCGCAGCCGAUAGAAAUGCCAUUUUACAACCGGAAGAUUCGAUCACUGUACCGUUUUGUUUUGUUUUGUUUUAGGUACAUCGAACAUAUAAUCGACAAUGAAUGGUGCUCGGGAUACGUAGUCACAGUCCUCGCGAAGAUUAAGAGGUUUAUGAAUGGAAACUGGCAGGUGACGAUCUUCUACGAUUACCCACUGGAGAUUGUGUCGCACUGGAACGCCGUGCUCGUCUCCCACAACAAAUUUAGUAAGUAGCAAUCUAGGGGUGUUUUUUAUUUCUUUGAUUUGUCGAAUAUUCAUUUUAAGAUUAAUGAUAUCGAGUUUAUUUAAUGAUAUUUUAUUUAACGAGGACUUUAAGUUAUUUCAACCAAGAUCACAUCACCAGCUCUUAAACUGUUGGAAUUAUUCUCGAGGAAUCUCGGCAAAAGUGUUCGUUUAGCUCGAGAUAGCUUAUCAGUCCUCUUUUAAUAAGCUUGCACCUCCAGUAAUACAUCAAUAGGGCUGCCAGCAAUUUCCAUAGAAAUGUAAUAGUACCCAUGAAAUACUCGAGUUGAUUAUCACAGGAGGUCACUGGAAUUAUAGACCAAGUGACAUUAACGCUGGCUCUCUUUUUAAGAGCAAACUUUUCUUCCAUAGAGACAAUCUACUCGUUUCAAGGAUUUGCGUGGAACCAGUAUCUUCAGAACGGAGAUUUUAUUGAGUUCGCUUUCGAAGGACAUUUUACUGAGCAGAGGUCAACACCAAAAACUCUCCUACUGGAAUGCUACCAGUGCCAGUCUUCCCCAAAUAGCCUAAGGGCAUUCGCAUUGAAACCGAAGACUUGCGAGGUGGGUUGCGUUGCAAGUCAUGCUGUAAAAUAGGUCGGCGUCAUGUCAUUAUCAUAGGGUCAACUUGGCGUAUCUAAUUUUGACGUAAAGGAACUCGCAAAAAUCAUGCAAGCUUUUCUAUAAGUGUCGAUGAUUCUUUUCCUAAAUGGGUCUCCUCAUUUAAAUUUGUAUUACCUUAUUUAACAGCGUAAAUAAAUCUAGGGUCGAUUACAGAAAUACUCACUGUUUCAAUGCUUGUCCUUCUGUUUUGUUUUGUUUUUGUGUGUUCUUUUUUUUCAGUCCUUCGAUCGCCCCUCAGGUUUCCAAUGUGAGGAAAGGCGAAAAUCUCUAUGUUUUGUUUUUGUGUGUUCUUUUUUUUCAGUCCUUGGAUUGCCCCUCAGGUUUCCAAUGUGAGGAAAGGCGAAAAUCUCCAUGCACGGAAUAUCCGUGCACCCAAGCACGCUGUAUUCCUUCUUCAUUGAAGUGUAUGUCACUUAUUCAUAUUUGA